AUGAAACUUCUUCUGACUGUGCUACUCCUCGGACUCCUGCUGCAGGUAACCCUGGCCAAGGAGAAACCUGAAGAGGAUGAGGAGGAUGAGACGAAG